UUCUCUUGUCAUCUGCUUGCGAUAAACAAUCCACAAUCCAUACUAAUUAUUUCUGAAUUUUUAGAAAAAGCAUCGUUAACAAUUUUAAACUUUUCGAAAUUCGAUACCAUCUAAAACACAUUGAAGGUUCAUAAUGGCGUCCAACAAAUCCCGUCGGGGGACGGGAAACUUAUUGCAAGAUUUACUUUCUUCCGUCGUCCGUUUAAAAAAAUGUGAUGAACAAAUAUUUUCUACGAAUUCAGUUAAAUCAGAAGUAAAAAUUGAAUUAGAAUUUAUGCACUGCUUCAUUUGUGGCGUGAAGCACCAGCGUCGUCCAUUAUCCGAAGUAAAAGUUGUAAUUUUGCGAGGAAUUAUUCUAAAAGAAAGUAUCCACAAGUUUUCCACGACUUCAAUUUGUCCCCUCUGUUCGACAACGUUGGAUAAACUUAUCCAUCUAAGAAAGAAGGUUGAAGAGAUUUCUUCCUGCAUUCAAAGUGUGAUUAAACUACGCCACAAAUUAUCGGACCGAGAAGAUACUGACCUAGAGAAUGCCGCCUCAAAAAUGAUUUAUGAGGUUGCGCUCAAUGAUGACGAUAAUAAUAAUUCGUCCGGAAUACAAAGUGACGACGACGAUGUCAAACUUUUCUCAACGCUUGAUAGCGAAGAUGGCGUUAUGGUCCCGGAUUUCGAUGAUCACGAGUCAAUUAUUUCAAAAUCGCACGUGGUAGAAAAUCUGACCCGUCCCGAGUGUAAUGUGACAUUUGACAAAUUGCGGAAGCUUAAUCGACACCAGAGAAAUCCAUGGUUGGAUAGUUCACGACGACAAAAUAAAAAACGCAGUCCUUGGAUCUCUGACGAUGGUAAAGAAGCUGCCCUGCAGAAUGAUACUAAGCGGCCAAGACUUUCAAGAAUCCGGGCGGAGAAAUUAAUAAAAAAUGUGACGAACCGUGACAUUCUAAACGACGACGAGAAUGAUGACUUUGAAAAUCGAGAGGUUUCCGACGUUGAUGCAUCGUCGGACAGCAGUCUCGGUAAUGAAGUCAAGUCCUCAUCAGAUAAUGAAUCGAUUUAUGGAGAACACGUUGAGGUUGAGGUAUCUAAGAAAUCCGGAAAAUACAAAUGUCUCAAGUGUAAUUCAACAUACACAUCAAAACGAGAACUGCGUCGUCACCUUACCACUACUGUCGCACAUACCGGUCGAAAACCUCGUCCUCGUUGUGUCGGGACUUUAGUUCCAACCCAGAGUGAAAUUGAAACUUUGAAAUGCACCGUCUGCGCCGUGACAUUUGACGACGUGGAAACUCUAACCAAGCACAAACUCACGCAUGAUAAAACGUGUGAAAUUUGUGAUCGCACCUUUCACGGAAUGAAGAAGCUACGUCUACAUCUGGUAACUCGACAACAUUGGGUCGCCUUAAGAUGCCGAAAAUUAAAUGAAGACGGCGUGGCUACAUUUUCCUGCGAUCAAUGUGAUCAAGUCGGAUUUCCAGAUUUUUCUGAGCUAUUACAACACAGGGAGAAAAUGCACGUGUACAUUAUAUCGUAUGACACUACUGAGGAUGAAAUUGCCACUUUACAAUGCACACUUUGCUCCAAAAGAUUCGACGACCUUCCAACCCUCGCUAAACACAAGGCUCAGCAUAGAAAAUGUAUGGUGUGCGAGCGAGACCUACGUCGAACCACUAAGGUUACAGCCCAUCUGCAGACCAAAUACCAUCAAUUUGCAGUUCUAGCCAGACGUGUGGAUUCCGAAGGGAAAAUUAGCUUUGUCUGUGACCGAUGUCCUGAAGGGCAACCGUUUCCUAAUUUUGCUAAACUUGUCGACCACAGAAAAAAAUAUCAUCCUGGACUUAGCGACGGAACCACCGCAGUCAAAUCGUGUGUCCCUUGUGACCAAGUUUUUUACACGGUGAAAGGCUAUAACGAUCAUCUCGCCUCGACACGUCAUGCAGAAGCGAUCGGAGCAACGGAAGGAAUGUCAUUGGACUUCGCGUGCAACUUAUGCGAUAAGAAAUACGCUGCAAAAUUCCAGCUCCGAGGACAUGUUGCCUUCGCGCACAAGGAAGCCUGCGUUUGCGAAUUGUGUGGGAUGCGGUUUGGUAAUUUGGCUCGGUUGACAUCCCACCACCAGAAAAUGCACGUUGGGCCGCCCAAGUUAACCAAUCGAUACAUUCCUCCAGAGGACAAACCGUUUGCGUGCAAAUUCUGCGACAAACGGUUCACCCGCUCAAGCACAAGGCAGAAACACGUCAACAUUGCCCAUUUAGGAAAUUUCUACAAGUGCGACUUGUGUGUGGACACGUUCAGGAAUUCAGAUUCCUUGAAGUAUCACAAGAAACGCGUGCAUAAUUUGGGAGAUUAUGAACCACGACCCGAGAAACGCAAACCCUCCAAGUGCGACCUUUGCUCAAAAAGUAUAAGCAAAAAGAUUGGUAUAGUACGACAUAUCGAACUCGUCCACUUUCAGGACAAAAGUAAAUGUCCGUACGAUUGUGCCGAUCUGGAAUUUGAGACUGAAGCUGAGUGGAUUCAACAUUUGCAAGGGUGCACGUCGGACAAAAUUACGGAAGCUUCUCAAAGUCCCUGCCUCUUUUGUGACGCCGUAUUUCGAAACCAAUUCCUCCGAUUGUCCCACCAUCUCCAAGCCCAUGAAAUAUUUCCUUGUGAAAUAUGUUCAAAGUCAUUUUCAAAUAAAACAACAUUGAAGGCUCACAAAUUUUCCCAUGAAGAAUCCAAACCACAUCUUUGUCCAAAAUGUGGGCAACGAUUUCGACAACCCUUGAAUCUCAGACUUCACUUAACUACGAUUUGUGGGGAUGAUGACGAAGCGAGGAAAAAACUGUUGGAAAAACGAAGAGCACAAGGCAAAUCUUACCGAGAAAAGAAGAAGAAUUUUAAUUGUGACGAAUGCUCGAUGAGCUUCAUCACGUCGAAAAGGUUGGAAUUGCACAAGGAGAAAGUUCAUGGAGACGAUAAAGAUGGUGACAACAGAAAAUCCGCGACUGAAGAUAGUGACAGUGACGCUUAAUCAGAGUUUGGAUGUAUCUGCACAUGUCCCUAUUUAUACAAUAUGAAUUGAUAGAACGAUCAAUAUAGACCUACCAGCCAUUCUUGAUUCAGUUUACGUGGAUUAUCUGUAAUUCCUAUCGAGAGAAUGAAUUUGUAAAAUACAUAGAAGCAUGCCCAGUUGUUGCAUAAAUUUGAGAAUAAACAUCAUAUGGCUUUCUGGAAUGGUUUUGCAAACUCUGAAAAAUUUAUCAAUCAUAAUUUUAGAAAUCUAAUUUAGUAUUAAGUAAAACUAAUGUAUUUAUGUACAAGUCUGUGUCCUUGGUUCCCAGAAAGAAUGCUAAAAAGAUGAGUAUACAUAUAUGCAAAUUUUCAUACAUAUGUACAUAGCUACAUACUUGCAAAAUUUGGCACAUUUCACAAAUCUGUAAUUAUUCGAAAACUAAUACAGGAUGUAUGUACCUUGUGAAACACCUGAUAAAAUUUGCUCGUAUGUAUGUAUGUAUGUAAAUAUGUUCUAUUAAUAAAGUCUAGUCUGAAUUUGACUCAACUUGUUCCCCACACAUGCAAAACACGCGUGUUUAUUAAUGACUCCAUUACAAACUAAUAAAUAUCUAUUUAGUAA